AUGCGUCACCUGGUUCCGUCCAGCGUGCUAGCUCUGACAGCUCACGCAUGUUUUUUCAUGUGCGGAGUGACUGGAACGCAUCAGCCCCCAACUACUGCCACAGAGUCGAUGUCUGAAAACGAGGUGCAUCAGCCCAUGGCCUUGAGUCAUGGAGAGGCGAAUUCUCUGAGUGGCGAGGAACCAGAGGAGGAGCCGUACAAGUUGGUUUCUACGGCUAAGCCGCCACUCGACCACGUGACUGGGACUGGGCGGCGAGGUCUCGCUCGUCGAAUGAAGAAGAGGCAACUCACAAGUAGGGACUUGUCUCCACGGUGGCUAUACGGGAUGGGCGCCGCCGCAGCGGCACUCGUGGGGGGAUACUUGAUCAUGAGUAUCGUGAAAAACUGGCGUCGGCUGAGAGACAUGGGAAAGGCCGACGCAUACUUACGCGGUAGGUAUGAGGUAGCAGACCGGGUCGCCCGUCGCCUCAAGCAGGAGCGAGGGGAAGUGAUGCGGCGCGUGGCGCAUGCACGAAGCGAAAUGGAAACUGUUUUCGGCUCAGGCCGCAGAGAAUGCGAGGAAGAAAUCGCCGUUUAUGAGCAGAUCGCUGACGUGCUAGGAUCACAGGCACAGGCUGCGUCCGAGGCGACUCAAGACACAGCCAAGGCAAUUAGAGAUUUCGAACAAAGCAUCCCGCGUGUGGAUGCGUCUCAGCUUGCUUCAGCACAUGUAGACGAGGCGAUAGGAGAAGGGCGCAUGUCUGAAGCGAGAGAGUUCUGGCUUCGUUUUCAUCCUGCGCAUCAGCGGCUGCGACGACAGUUGGCGCCGGAGGUGGUGGAGCUAGAGGAAAUAGCAGACGUCGCAGAACGAAAAGGCUCACCAUCAACUGAGACCGUGUAUUUCUUAUUGAAUGAAGCCUAUCGACAGAGAGGUAGCGGUGCCGCGUGGCAGCAAGUGGAUUCCAUGGGGCAGCGGGUGCCCCAUUGGACUGGACUGGAUGCGGACCAAUUACAGGAUCGUCUUGGAGUUCUUGCCUCUCCGCCUCGAGAACCUGCGUACGUGCGAAUGGCGAAAGAGGCCCUGGAGAAAGCGCGGCGGGAACGAAGAUUGACUUGA